AAAUAAAAAGAGCUGACAAAGAAGAGUAAACCAACAUCAUCGUGUAGAAGAAAUUCAAUUCAAUUCACCUCUCAACCCUAAAGCCUCAUCGUCUCUCUCCCUCUCUCUCUCUCUCUCUCUCCGUCGCUGUACUUGAUCCGUAUCUGUAUCCGUCAACGCGUCAACCAGCGACGCUCCGGAUUGAAUUGCGCAAUUCCGUUAAAAAAAUUAGGGUUUAAUAGAGGAACCAAAUCGCCUAUGGCUCCGGGGCGUAAAAGAGGAGCGAGCAAGGCCAAGGCCAACGGGAAGUUGAUUCUCGGUGAUCUCGUCCUCGCCAAAGUCAAAGGCUUCCCCGCUUGGCCUGCUAAGUCUCUCUUUGUUUUUUGAGUUUCAGGUUAGCAGGCCUGAAGAGUGGGAUCGUGCUCCAGAUCCUAAGAAGUACUUUGUUCAGUUCUUUGGUACACAGGAAAUAGCUUUUGUUGCACCGCCUGAUAUUCAAGCCUUUACUAGUGAUUCAAAGAGCAAACUGUUGGCAAGAUGUCAAGGUAAAACGGUCAAGUACUUUGCACAGGCUGUGACGGAGAUAUGCAGAGAAUUUGAAGAGUUGCAAAAUCACAAGUCGAGUGUUUUGGGCAAUGAGGAUCCGAUGGAUGCUGCGGAUCCUGGUUUGGUAAAGGAUGAGACAGUUGAUGGAACAGAUCACACCGUCACUGAUUCUGAUGGAACUGAUAACUUAGAUUCUGAGGUGGGACCUUACUUCCCCAAAGUUGAAACAGAGAAGCAGGGUUCGUCUCCAUUUCGGGAAUCAAAGAUCACUGCCACAUCCUCGGGUAGCGAGUCACUCGAGCAGGUGGACCUUAAAAUAAAGGAAGGAGAUUUUGAUAAAGGAACUGAUGGUGAUGGUUGCACUAAGGAAUUUGGUAAUGGUGAAAAGGGUCUGCCCAACGGUAAGAGAAUAAAGAAGGAAGCAGGUGGCUCGGUCAGAGAAGGGAAAGAUACAGUUCAUAGAGACAAAAGCGAUGGUCGAGAUACUAGUGGUAAAUCCGAUUCCAAAAAGUCAAAAGAUUUGUUGACAGAGAAAUCUAGCUCCAAAGUGUCUGGUGUUAAGCAAGAAAAAUCAAUUGGCGUUAAGGAUGGGGUUUCCGGCAAGAAAAGGAGGCUUGAAAGUGAAUCAGGGAAGCCUGCAUCAAGAGUAGAUGAAAGCUCACGUGCGGCUAAAAAGCCGCGAUGUGAAGGUAAAAAUGACAAGGAAAAAUGUGUAACUGAUUCUACUGGUACUGUAUCACAUAUUAAGCGUGAACUUGUUGUAGGACUAAGUGCUCGUGGAGGUGAUUUACAAUAUGAUAAAAUAGUUGUAACUAAGCGCCGGAGACAAACAGUGGAGCAUGAUAACUCGCCUCCUCUUUCUGGGUCCCGUGUUAAAUCCGGGAAAGGUCAGCUGGAACAGAGAGACCGUUCGUCUGUGACUGAUAAAUCCGGGAAAGGUCAGCUGGAACAGAAGGACCGUUCCUCUUCUGUUAGUAAUGCCAAGGUUCCAGCUUCACAGUCGCUGAAGAAAAGGAGGGCUGUUUGUGUAUAUGACGAAGAUGAUGAUGAAGAUCCCAAAACCCCAUUACAUGGAAGUCAAGCCGUUGUUCCCAAAGCAACGCCAGUAUUGACUGAUGGUCCUAAAAAUGCUAACGUAUGUCGUGAUACUUCUACUAAAGCGAAAAUAUCUGCUAGAUCUACAGAGAGUACGGGAGUAAAGAAAGUACCCCUGCGUAAACAUUGUGAGGAUACUUCACGUGUAUUAUCAGAUAAUGUGGAGAAUUCUACAAACAGUUUACCCGUGGUAAAAGUCAUCAGUGAGUUGCCGGCAAAGGAUGUCAAGCAAAUUUUGCAAUCUCCUAUGAAGUCUCCUCAGCUGGUGUCACCUAACAAGCACGUUGCAGGACAGCAUAAAACUGCCAAACCAUCUGUAAAAGUUUCGGAUGCAAAGAAGCCUCAUAGUGAGUCUGGUAAGGAAUCAGUUGUGGGAUCUGAUAAAGUAAGCCCUUCCCAAUCUCAGCCAGCAAAUCAGAGACACAGACCAGCUUCAGUUGGAGAUAAGCCAACGGUAGUUUCAAAAGCUGCGUUACGUCUGAGUGAUGCUGUUGUUUCAAAAGACACUUCUGGGGACUUGUCUGCUGUUAUGGUUGAUUACAAUCGAGAAAAUGGGAGUGCUCCAUUCACCAGAGCGAGGACCCCAGAUUCGGCUGCAUCUAUGAAGGAUCUAAUUGCAGCUGCACAGGCCAAAAGAAAACUAGCACAUUCACAAAAUUCAGUUUUUGGGAAUUUGAAUUCUAGUUUAUUAAACAUCAGUGAAACACAGAUGAGGAGUCAUAGCCCAGUUAUGGUUCAGAAUGCUUCAGCUUCUGCGGCCAUCGUAAUGCCUGUCGCUGUUCAAGGACAUCAACAAGACUCUUUUCCAUCAAAUCAUGAGCAUCAGUCCUCAUCAAGAAAUCAAAAUGAGACUGAUGAUAAUGAAGAGAGAAAACUUAGUUCAGGGCAUGAGUCAGUUGGAGGUUCACUUAGUGGUGGCACUGAUGCUGCUGUUUCUCGGGAUGCUUUUGAGGGCAUGAUAGAGACCUUAUCAAGAACUAAAGAAAGUAUCGGACGUGCUACGCGCCUAGCAAUUGAUUGUGCCAAGUACGGGAUUGCUAGCGAGGUGGUGGAACUUCUCAUACGAAAGUUGGAAAAUGAGGCUCACUUACAUCGUAAAGUGGAUCUGUUCUUUCUUGUUGACUCUAUCACCCAGUGUUCGCACAACCAAAAAGGUAUUGCUGGUGCUUCAUACGUUCCUACAGUGCAAGCUGCUUUGCCACGUCUUUUAGGUGCUGCUGCCCCACCAGGGACCGAUGCUCGUGAUAACCGUCGUAAAUGUCUCAAGGUUUUGAGGUUGUGGCUUGAUAGGAAAAUUUUCCCUGAAUCUGUUCUGCGUCGCUAUAUUGAUGAUAUUGGAAAUUCUAGUGAUGAUGCAACUGUUGGGUUGUCCAUACGACGUCCUUCCAGAUCUGAGCGUGCUGUAAAUGAUCCUAUCAGAGAAAUGGAAGGGAUGCUUGUUGAUGAGUAUGGCAGCAAUGCAACUAUUCAGCUGCCAGGGUUUUUCUCUUCUCGUACCUUUGAAGAUGAUGAAGAAGAUGACGACGAUCUUCCAAAUCUUCCAAUACCACAAGAUGCGAAAAACACAUCAUCUGGUGAACCUUUCAAUGCUUUAGAAGACUUGGAAGCACGUGAUACUUUGAGUGAUAGACCUCAUCGAGUUUUGGAGGAUGUAGAUCGUGAACUUAAAAUGGAAGAUGUUUUUGGUCAGCCGAAAGAUGUAGCACCUUCGACUUUCUGUGAGAAUGAGACAAAGGAGCAGUCACUGGAUGCUAGGGAACCAGUUGCAGAAAAGUCAACUGGGGCGCCUCCUUUUCCAGAGGAUUCUCCUCCCCUGCCUCAAGAAUCACCUCCAUCUCCCCCUCCUCUACCUCCUUCUCCACCACCUCCAUCCCCACCUCCUCCGCCUUCAUCUCCUCCCCCAUUGCUGCCACCACCACCUCCUACAACACAAUUCCCACCUCCUCCUCCAUCUCCAUCUCAGUCUCCACCACCACCGCCCCUUUCACCUCCACCUUCACCGCCACCUCCACCUCCACUGCCUGCACAAUCUAUAGCUUUACCACCAUCGUUAACAAUUCAACAGUCCAUUGCUAGCCAUCAACAGUUACCACUUCAACUAGGCUUUCCUCCAGCAUAUCCAUUAUCGCAUCAAACAUACCUAGGAUCUAUGCAGCAAGACCAAUGUACCAUUUUCACUGGUGAUCAAAUUGUCCAAGGGCCUGGAAGUUCUUUACGUGGAAGUCAUGUUGAGGGGCCUGGAAAAACUGAAUUUUUCGUGCAGCAGUCAUCUAAUUUUUCUCCAGCAGGAGUCUACAGCUCCAGAGAGCCUUCAGCAUUUACUUCCUCCAGACAACUAGAAUUUGGGAACAGCGAUGCACAGAACCAACGGUUUCAACCGAACACUCUUCUGUCCCAAAGACCUAUGCUUAGGCACCUGCCUUCAGCACCGUCCAGUCAUUUUCCCUAUCCAAGCCAUGUUCAGUCACAAUCCCAGCGUUCCUACACUCAUCCUUAUUCUUUCCCACCUCAACGCGAUGAUGGACGGCGUUUUAGAAAUGAGGAGCCAUGGCGGAUGUCUUCAAAUGGGCGUAGUGCAGAAAACCAGAGUGGUGCCUGGAUACCUGGAAGAAAUUCACAUCCAGGCCUUCCUAGAGCCACAGACAAUUUUUUUCGGCCACCUUCAGUGGCAAUGAGCUAUCAGCCUUCUUCUGCUAGUAACUUACAAGCCGUCCCUACAAUUCAAGGUCAUGCUGCUUCCCAGAUGCUACCAUCUCGGCAAGACAUGCCUACGGCGAAUUGCUGGAGGCCAGCUUGAGGUUAGAGGUAGAAUUUCAUUGGUCUGCUCCUGUCAAUAUCAAUGGAAAAAGGAGCUUCUAGUGCAUCAUUAACAAGAUUAAUCUUCUAGGUUUGAGUUUCUAAAUUCUAAAAUUAAGUUAGUGCUGUCAUCAAACAGUUAACAGUUAUAUAACUUUCUCUUCUAUGAAGGACUUUUUCACUUCUAAAGGCAUCAAAACAACUUUUGUCAGGAUUCUGUAAAUUAUAAUUUUUCCUGACAAUUGUAUCGGGGGGAUCAAUUUUCUCACAGAUUAGGGUUUUUUUUACAAUUGGUUAGGACUUCUGUUUCUCAGUCCUGUAAUUAUGCCAGUCACAAUGUGCACAAAGCUUUUAAUGGUUAAAUGAAUUUAACUUCA